AUGUCCGGUCCAAAUCUCCACAAUGCCCUCCUCCGACCUCCAAUUAUCCAGAUCCUCCGCGCACAAGGCUUUCACUCCACGCGUCCCUCCGUCCUGGAAUCAUUGCAAGACCUCACCGGCCGAUAUAUUCAGAUCCUAGCUUCAGCGGCAGCAGACCAUGCCGCAAAUGCGCACCCAGAAGACCCUACUCCGAGGCUCGAAGACAUCUACCAGGCGCUCCAGGACGCAGGCGCCAUACGCCCUCAACUGCGUGAGAUGGACGAAGACUGGCAGGGAGAAGAAGACAUGCGUGGUCUUCAGUCGCUUAUCGGAUGGAUCAAGGGCCCAAUCCAUGCAGAGAUUCGAAGAGUCGCAGGGUUCCUCCCGAGCGAGGGCGAUAUGAUUGAUCCUGACGCGAUCGAAAAGGAGGAUUAUCUUACCGCUUUGAAGAAGAAACACAGCAAAACGGGUGAAGAAUCUCGUUAUGCUGGAACAGUGUUGGGAAAGAGUGCCGAGGAACGCCCCAUCAUCAUUGAGGGAGGUGCUCCCAGCAUCCAGGAAUGGGGAGCCCAGAUACGUGCUCGUGCGCCUGACAACUCUGGGAUUGAAAGCGAUACAUCGGGUGUCAGCAGCGCUCCCAGUCAUCUCUCCGACGAAGAAGCCAUGGCUGCGUGA